GUGAAAAAUACUGCAAAACAUGAACACGUAAUAUUGCACACUGUAAACACAAUCAAAGCUUCAAAAAAGCACGAAAAACUGGACCUUUAAGACAGUAACCAACCAAAUGUAUGCAUAGUUGCAUAAAAACCCAUUUACUUCCAUGUAUCAUGAGUAAUUUGCUCAUGAACUAGCUUCUGAACAGCAGCAGUGUGUGAUAAGAUGAUAAGAGCUCACAGUUCAGUAAGCUUCAUUCAAAAGCCAGAAAAUAAGCCAACUUAUUCUAAACAUGGUUAAGUGCUAAACAUUUCUAGGUUCUUGUUAAAUUUUGCUUGUCAUGCGAUUUUUAACUUAACACAUUGACUUCAGAUAGUUUCUGUUCUUCUGUAAUUAUAAAUAUGUUGAAGAUGCCCGGAGCAAAGUGUGAACCCAAGCAACACCAAAUCAUGUGACAAUUUAUUCUUCUUAUAAAAGCAGGAAAUAACACACUGCUAUACAUUGUAAAUUUUCAGCUCAUCUGCUAAGUGAGGAGUCUUAAAAAGACCACACAUUAAAAACGCACUGCUUCCAUAAUUCAUACGACUGAAGGAAAUCUACUCAAAAAUGUCUGAGAGUAUUUACGGCAAUGUGAUCACUGACAGAACAUGUGAUAUGGACAGAGGCACCAGGGCAAACCAUACACCUCAACACACAGGAAGUGAUUCAGUACAGAUUAGAAGUUUCAGAACAGCUGCAGUGUGUUUGUUGCUGCUGUGUGUUCUUCUGUUGACUGCGGUCAUAGUGCUGUGUGUCUACAUCCAUACAAAGAACACAACCUACACAGAAGAGACACACAAGCUACUAACCAAGAUUAACAACCUCACAGAACAGAGUGACCUGCUUCUAACCAAGUACAUAAACAUGACAAAUGAAAGGAAUGGAUUGUUAAUCAACAAUGACAUCCUGACUAAAGAAAGAAACCAGUUUAAUCAACUGCAGAAGAUUAUCAAUGAAACAGAUGGAUGGUUACACUCUAACUUCAGCUUUUACUUCAUGUCGUCAAUGAAGAAGAGCUGGACUGAGAGCAGAAGAGACUGUACAGAAAGAGGAGCAGAUCUGAUCAUCAUAAACAACAGAGAGGAACAAGAUUUUGUUAAAAAAAUUACUGAUAAAAGAGAAUUUUGGAUUGGUGCGACUGACGCCAAGGAAGAGGGCAGAUGGAAAUGGGUUGAUGGCACCAGCGUGACGUCUGGGUUCUGGGCAUCCAGUGGACAUAUAACAGAGCCAAAUGGAGGAGGACAAGAGAAUUGUGCUGUGACUUAUUUAAAAAAGAACCCUGAAUUAAUAGGGUGGAUUGAUGUUGAUUGCAAUGACUUGUAUCAAUGGAUCUGUGAGAAGAGAUUUCGCCCCUAGGAACAGCACACACUUUUUUUCAUAGGGUUUUAUUCCUAUUUUUUAUAAAGCUCAAGUCUUUAAGACUGAACAGUCCUGAUCUAGAAGUAAUACCUGUUUAGGACUAUACAUGUAUUAAUUUUGUAGUUGCUACCUAAAUAUUCUUAAUUCCUACAUAUGUGGCUUACCGUUAUUUCAAUGUUCGGUUUUUUGAAAGCUAAUCCCAAGAUUGCUUACUUUAUAUUAAGCAUGCUGUUUAAAUGUUACUCUUAUGUUAUUAUUAAAGAUAAUGUAUGGCUCCAAUUCACUGGUUGUU